CGUGUUACCUCGAACAGGAGCUGUUCCGUCGAGGCGCAGGACGAGUAGUUCUCUUCGAUAGUCUCCUCUUUAUUCUCUUCGGUAUAAAAGGCUACGUGGUGUCUCGCCGGUACGUUUACGGUAACCUCUCGUCCGCGCGUGCCCGUUCGUAACCUCUCGUCCAUCGUCCUCGUCCGUCAAUUUUUUUAUUCCCUCCUCUUUCUCUCCCUCUCUCUCUCUCUCUCUUCCGCACCGAUUUCUCACCCCUCGCGCGCGUUUGCGGUUGUCGCUCAAUUUUUCCUCAUAUUUCUAUAUAUAUAUAUAUAUAUAUUUUUUUUUUAAAUAAAUAGGACGAGUAUAUAAUUCUUUAUUUAUAUACCUCGUGAUCGUCAUUAAUAUUAUUAUUAUAAUUAUUAUUAUUAUUAUUAUUAUUGGUAUCGUCGUCGUCUGUCGUGAUUGGUGCGUGCGUGACCAAAGACGGAAUACGCAGGAACAACAGGAACAGGAGGAACUGAAGGAUUGUUGAAUGAGUAAGGGAGAAAGGAUAAGGUGCCCUUCCUUCCCUUUCUUUUCCUUUACUUCCUUCCUUUUUCAUUUCUCGUUAUUAGUUUUUUCCUUUUUCUUUUCUUCCCUUUCUUUCCUCGUUUCAUUUUAUUUUAAUGCGUGUACGUUAAAAACAUAUCACGCAUGCCGAUAAACAGAGAGCUGUCAAACACAUACACAUACACACACACACGCGCGUCGAUGGAAACACGUGUGUCUCUUUAGGAUGAUCAUUCGAAGGAUUUCAUUUGUUUUAAUUUAUUAAUAAUUGUGUGUUGUUGUUGUUAUUAACAAUCAAUGAUUAUAUUUGGACACGUGAAUUGAACAAUUCAUUUUUGAAGAAACUUUUUUUCAUAAAGAAGAGGAUAUGAUAUAUUUAAAAUGCAUUAUAUAUAUUUAAAAAAAUGUGAAAAAACGUUCUUUAAAUAAAAAAAAAAAAAAGAAAAAAAGAAGAAAUCGUUAACCAUUAACAAGAACUCGUCGGACAUUUACAUCCAAUCGACCAACUAUCUUCUUCUACCUCUCGAGUUUCAUUGCAACAGAUUGAAAUACUAAACACAUCACAGUUUGAGUGGAUUGGUUUCCUUGUGGUUGGGUCUUUUGAUAAAAGAGUAAGACCUAAAAUUCUCUGGUAAAAAAAGAAAAGAAAAAAACAAGAGAAAACCAAAAUAAAACAAAACAGAAAACAAAAGAUUUACUUCCAAGUUGGAGAGAAUUGAUUGAUUUUGGUGAUAACGGGGGUUAUGGUCUCAGGUGCGACGGCGGGGCGAUGACGCUCUAUCACCGUCCACCGUCAUCACCAGGAGUCCCUAAGGACUCACCACCCAGCUUCCUAAACCUAAACCUAAUCCCAGAUCCAAUCCCGAUCCAACCAAUAAUCUUCAGAACAAGGACAACCUCCUAUCGUCUAUCCCGUCGAUCGACAAGGACGACGACGACGAGGAGGAGGAGGACUACGAAGAGAACAAAGACGAGGACGAGGACAAAAACAAGAAGGAUUAACACCUGGGGAAAGAGUAUUCAAACAAAAAGAUACCUCAACGGCAAGCUGUUUAGGUGUUUCUUAACGAAAACAAGGUAUGAGGGAUCGUCCUCAUCGUUAUCGGGAACACGGACAGGCCAUGCCCCUCGAGGAAGUCCAAGGAUUGUUACUUCCACCCUCAAGAACAGGUAACCGGGGACCUGUUAAUGCAACGAUUGUACAGGUGGGAAGAGGAAAUGGAGGGGGUGCUGGAGAUGCCGGAAGUGAUUUAUUGAGAUUGGAACCACCAUCGGAUUUAAGGCCUGCACCAUCACCCCUUUCCGAUACCAGUGCCACCUUACAGUCUGACAACAAUGACACCUUUACUGGAGGUGUCGAUCCAAGGUUACUGUUGGGUGGCACUGGUACCGGAGGUGAUCGUAACACGUGGGAGGGUCGUUAUCACGUGAAGGAACAUCGUCGUGCUGGAAAAGCAACCUUCCAGGGUCAAGUUUACAACUUUCUCGAACGUCCUACUGGCUGGAAGUGCUUCCUGUAUCACUUCUCUGUGUGA